AGUAAUAUAAUAAACCAGCUCACUUCCUCUGGCAAUCGCAGAAGUGGCGGAAGUACGUCAGUUUGCUAGACUCCGAGCAUUUACACUUCGCAGUGCGAUUUGUGACGAGCAAGAACAGAGAGAAGAGGAGAUGUGAAUCAUCCGCUGUCUCUUUAAAGCCACACAGCGAAGCUUCGCGUAUUCCGACAAACACGCCGACGUCUUUCCCUUCAGCCGCAGCGAGCGGGCAGCGUUCAGGAAUGGACGCGUUCAACUUACUCUCUGCUGGAUAAAGAACUCUUUUCCUGGUUGGAUAUGAUUUGUUUGUGGUGGAUUGUGUACUGAAGAAUGAUCUUUGGGGGAUAGGCUAUAACAGCGUUUUCAGCUUGACGCGGACCGUGUUGUCUCGGAUGGUUUCGUGGCGUCUCUUCACGCUGAAACUUACCGAUACAAUAAGUAUUUGUAAAUUGUUUGACAAACACGCGGAUGCUUAUUUUCUUGCUGCUGGCACAGUGGGUCAUGAAACGGGUGGAAAUGAAAGCAGGGCCAGCAACAUGAAUCCAGCGCGCGGUCUGCAUUUUGUACACACGCUGAUGUUGUUGUUGUUGUGUUCCGUUGCAACAAAGUUGCCGUGUGCUUGGAAUUCACGCUACUGUAAUUAAACAGCCAUUUUGCACCUGUUUAAAUGAAGCAAGGCGUUUCGAUCCUGUGACGCUGUGGUUUGGAUUAUACACACGCCUCAACCUGCAUGGAUCACAUUUGUUUGUUUAUCACAUUACGGAGCUUAACAUCAAGGUCAUACUGUAAAUUGUUUACAGGCUUCAGUAGCUAUGGGUGUGUUUUAUUGAUCGUGUGGAAUCGAUCGGUUUUGAGGUGAUCGAGUGUCAUUUUUUUCUCUUUUGGUUUUUGCGGGGGGAGGACAUCGCAACGAUUUUAAAAUGGAAGGGAAAGUAAAGCAGAGUCGCAGAUCCCGUUCGCAGCGCGAGAGGGGACGGAAACGGGAGGCGCGCGCCGGGGAAGCCCGCGAUCGGAGCCCCUCGUCUGGUUCCGAACGGGAGCGAAGUCCCGGUAAAAACGCUCCGCCACGCUCGACACCCUCGAGCAGAAUCCCGCGACCACCCCGGAGGAAGAGACGCGAGUCUAGUUCUCAGGAGGAGGAUAUUAUUGAUGGAUUUGCUAUAGCCAGUUUCGUCAGUUUGGACCGUCUCGAGAACAAGAAUGUUUCGGUUAAACUGGAAAAGAAGAAAUGGGAGGAGAUUGUAGUUAAACGAAAGAAGGAGGCCGAGGAGAAUGUGACCCCUGACAUAGACGAAAAUGGCUUCGGCAAUCUGGCCACCAGCAUGGGGCGAGACCAGGAGCGGGUGAAAGAUCGUCUGCUGAAGAACACAUACUCCAAGAAAAGCAAACGAUCCUUGAGUCUUCUGAACCAGGCUGGGAGGAAAAUGGAGGAGACGGAGGUGAACGCAGCACCCAGGAGCAGCUCCAAAGAUCGGCUCAGUGAGAGCUCCACUCACUCUCUGUCAGGACGAGGGUACUCGGUAAGUGACAUUUUCACGCUCUGCGGCUUUACGGCAGAAUUACAGUAUCCUCUCCUCCCGUUUAUGGCCCCGGCAGCGGACAUUUUAAUUAUGUUAAACAGAGAAAUGGUGGAAUCAUGAUAUUAGGGACAUCACUCUUGGGUGACUGACUGAUUAAAUGGUGAAAGGUGUCCUGUUGCACCUUGGGUAAAUGAGCCUCUCUUUAUAUUUAC